CGCUCUUACGGUCACUGCUGGGUCACUGACAUCUACGAAUAUCAAGAGGACCCCCAUCUUCCGACUGCUUCACAAGCUUGUUUCCCACCUAUUGCGGACCUCGCACUGCUGUGAGGGUUUUUAGGCUUCUAGUUACCUUCGGGACCUGGAUACAAAAUGCAGAGCCCAUACAGAUCAGUUACUGCGACUGGCGUAAUUAGCGCGGACCCAACCGCUCGUACGGGUCCAGAAUCUCUUCUCCACCUAUCAAGCUAGCAUUAAUCACGCAUGUCACGAUGACUGGAGUAUUCAAGUAUUUAUUUCAGAUUUCUUUUCUUGACGUUACCCAUAUCCCACGUCAUGACCCCUACGAAAGCCAUCCGUAUAUCUAUUCCCCAGGCGUUCGACGAACCUGAAGACAAUGAAGGAAACGAGCGAAGGCAAAACCAGUCGAGUGGACAGGGCUCCUCAGGGAUACCCAUUUUUCGCUCGUUUUCCAUCAGCGACAUUUGGAAUCGAAACGAUGGCGCUGAAGAUGUGAAUGGUUCAAAGGCACGAAUUCCCAGCAUUGUACAGUCUUCAGGAGAGGUGUAUUACGCGACGCCACUUCCUAUUCUCUCCAUGGUGGUGCUCUCAAUUGCAAUGUUAACCGAAUUUCUCUCUGCUAAUGUGGCUGGGCCGUUCAUGCUUUUCAUGGUGAAAGGUUUCGGAGUUUCCGCCGAGGAUUCUGAGACCGCGUUCUGGACGGGCAUCUUAGUCGCAAUGUUCUUUCUGACUCAGUUCCUCACGUCGCUAAUUUGGGCUGCACUAGCCGAGAAAUACUCUCCUCGCGCUGUCCUUAUACUAUGUUUACUCGGUAGCGCUCUAUCUACCCUCGCCUUCGGGGCUUCUGAUACCCUUAUGGUGGCGAUGAUCUCCCGUUUGGCACAAGGUGUCUUUGCGGGCUCGAUUGGCGUUACCAAGAGCUCAAUUGGAGCGGUAACUGAUAGCAGUAACGAGGGCAGAGCGUAUGCCAUUUUGGGGUUUUGCUGGGGUUUUGGAGGUGUGUCUGGUGCUGUCAUUGGUGGAACAUUUGAACGGCCCGCUAUGAAAUGGCCAUCUGUUUUCGGAACCAUCCCUUUCUUCACCGACUUUCCAUAUAUGUUGCCUUGUAUGGUGGCAUCCUCGAUCAUGGUGACAGGGUCCUGCCUGGCAUACUUUUUAGGCCCAGAUCUCGGUCCAUGCACAGGCAAGCAGCAUCUAACCCGGGAGAAAAUCACCAUACCUCUCCCCGCCGAAGAAGCAGACGGUGAAGGUAGCAGUCGUUCCAUCAAAAGUUUCCGAUACCUUUCCAAAAAGCUAUCCGGAAUCUUCAAUAACCCUUUCAUCCCGGAUUCAGAAGAACGAAUGCCCCUUCUCUUCGCUCCGCAUACAUUCACACAAAAUCAGACCACGUGCAUGCAGGAUCAACUUCCUACAGGCUCCUCUACCCCUGCCAUCCACAGGAACCUGACUUACGCUUUCACAACACAUUAUCAUGGAUAUCCGCUCGACCGCAAUCAAACGAUGACUAUGGAGAGUAAUCGGUCUAGCUUCAUAGGCCAGCGAUCUGCCCGAGAUGCCACCGUCAACGGUAUCCUCCGUCGGCCAAGGAGCAAUCACAGCAACAGGUCCACACGGAUCAGCUAUACUGACAUUGAGGUCGGAACAGCACCAGAAGACUAUGGGAGGUUAUCAUCCAGCGCUGCAGGAAAGCGACUCAGCCUUAUCGAUCGUGUGGUCCUGGCCAACGAAAAUGCUCAUAUGAGCGGUAUUGCCGAUUUCUGGGUCGCUUCUGCCAUCAGUUUGGAAGGUUCCAAUACAAUCGAUGAUCUCUACGAUGUCGAAGGAGAUGUUGAUACGCAUUCCGACAACGACGACGCCGAUCGUGGGCGAGGAGAUACUCGCAGUAUCUUCUCCCGGCGUUCUGUCAGUAACCAACGCAUAUCAAAGUUGGCCGAUCGCCGCCCAUUCUUUGGUAGACAGAUGUCCGACUCUACGGGUUUCCCUGUGGUGUCGGUACGGAAUAACAUGCCUACUUCACCCGUUCAGACUCGUGCCGUGGCUCAUUCACCGAUUCGCGCAUCAUAUUUCGACUCGGAUAGUAGGUUCUUCCCAAGGACGGAGACGGUUGAUUCUACCAACAAUUUGCGAGUAGAACCCGUUCUACGGCCCAUCAUUGAAUCUCGACGAAUGUCGAAUUUCUAUUCACCGGCCUCCGAUCACGUCGAGGAAGGUUUAGAUGAAGAGGUACGGAUUGCUGGCGUUGCAUUCUACCACUCAUGAUCAGGUCUUCAUGUCUUACUUGGUUACGGCGUAUGAAGGUGGAGGCUUAGGCUUGACUGCAGGGCAUUUCGCACAAUUGAUCGCGUUAAUGUCCGCUUUCCAAAUCUUCUACCAGUUUUAUCUCUAUCCG